AUGGCCAAGACAGGCAUUGAGGUAGAGGCCAGGUCCAUGGCUUUGACAGCGCCCCACCAGCGCUGGCGCCUCUUCGGACCAGAGGCAUCGGGCCUUGAGGCGGCCGCGGAGGCCACGCAUGGCCCGCUGGCAGCGCUGGUUGAGAUGCUCAAUGCAGCCAUGCGAUUUGAAUUCGACCCUCAUGUGGCCCUGACACUGCUCACGUCCGCAGCAGCAUGCGCGGCAGGGGCGGGUGCGCGAUAUGCGGGUGAUUACGGCGGCGCCGCGGAAGGGGUGGGGCUAGGGCCGCAGCAGCUGCUAGGCGGGCAGGGCAGACAUCAGAUCAACGUGCUGCUACUGCAAGAGGACGGUGCACCCCAGACGCUGCGGAUGCUGAAAGGAGCCGCGCAGCUGCUCAGCCCGCAGGUGUGCUGCCUGCCGCUCGGCCACGCCGAGCAAGUGCUCCCGACGGUGGUGCAGGGCCGCGACGGCGCCUACUCCGCGUUCUGCAGCGCCCUGGGCAGCGCCAACACGGGGGUGGCGGUCGUCGACAUGGACGCCCUUGCGGCAAAGUCUCGCAAACAGCUGGCGGACGUGCUGCAGAGGGCGGCCGUGGGCGCCGCUGGGGCGCCCGGCCUAGUGGUGCCCCAGACCGCCACUGUGUGGGCGGCGUGCGGGCAGUCGGACCUCAUCCCUGCAGAUCCCAGCGCGUGCGGGGCCUCGGUCGGCAAGCGCUGGGCCAAGCCCACCGUCAGCUGCUCAGGCUUUGAUGUGGUCCUGUCGGACGGCUCAGACGAGUCCCAGCUGCUGUGGGGCGGGGCAAAGCCCAGCAUGGACCCUCUCAGGGCCGCGGCGCUGCUCCAGCACGUGAUGGCGUGCGCGUCUGGCCGCCCGCCGCCAGCGCUCGGCGCAGGCGCGCACGGUUUCUUGUCUCAGUACGCCCGCGUCCUGCGGCAGUCCACGCAGCUGCCGGGCCCCCAAGCCGAGCUGCUCGGGUCGCUAGCGCGCCUCGCGCGCGCGUCCGCGGCGCUCAGGGGCGGCGACGAGGCCCAGGAGGCGCCCGACGCGAUGCUGGCGGUGCUGCUGGUGGACCAGACCGUCGUGAGCAAGAUGGGCGGCAGCUACCAGAGCGCGCUCGACCUGCCGGGCGCUUGCGGCCUGGCCUACACCGACGCUCGCAGCCUGGACGAGCAGCUGCAGGCCAUGCACCAGCUCGCAGACCGGCUGUUCAGGCAGUUCGAGGCGCCCAGCUGCGGCGGGUUUGGCGGCGACAGGGGCGGCGGCGGGGGCGGGGACGAGGAGGGCGAGGGCGGCGACGCCCGUCGCCGCUGCUGGGCUGCAAGCGAUGCGGCUGCGGAGGGGUGGGGCCUGGCAUUGUCUGGCGGCGAGAGUGACGCAGACGGCGGCCGGUGA